GCCAUAAACCCCCCUUGGAGUCUCCGUUCUCGGUUCUUCCAUCAGGUGAUUUGGUCUCUUUUACAGCUGAAAGGCGCAUGUUCGUAAUCAUCAAAGGUUGGGGCUUGGCGUCAGAGGAAGGUGCAGCUUGCGAUUCAGUAGUACUUCUCCAACUUUUCCAUCUCUGGCUUCGGUGUGGUAGAGAUGAGCAAGCCUGGUAAGAGAAGCAAGGAGAGCAAUGCAUAUUUCUAUCCGGAUGACAAGGAUGGGAAGGACAAGUAUUUCUUCAAGGUUCUGGUUGGUGAAUUUCGUGAACGAUUGGCCGUACCUGAUAAAUUCGAGCAGCAUUUCAGAGGGCUAAUAGGAAACAGAGUUAAGCUAGAAUCACGCUGUGGACACACUUUUGAUGCCGAAGUAGCUAAGAAUCUGGGCAAAGUAGUCCUUCAAACGGGAUGGAAGGAGUUUGUUACUGCCCAUGACUUGAACAUGGGGGACUUCUUGGUUUUCAAGUGCGACGGGACUUCUCGAUUGAAGGUUUUCAUAUUUGAUCUUAGUUGUUGCGAGAAAGUGCCGCCAUGCCGUGUCAAGAGAAAUCAUAUCUGUGGCAGAGAAACAAGGGAAAUAAACACUGAAACUUCAAGCACUUGUGGAGAUCUUCCCUUGAAUGUCACCGCUAGUUCAUCAACCUCCCCAUCCGACUCAUCAGGAGAUUCUAUAUCUCCAGAAGAUCAGAAAUCACAUUAUGUUCCAGGUUACAUCCUCCCACGGAGAACCUAUCUCACCUGUGUGCAGAUGAAGAAACUGAAAGAGAGAGUCCGAGCUAGUACUUCUACUAUCCCCAUCUACGGAUGCAUCGUGAAGAAGAGCAAUCUUCGAAGGGGAUCUCAGGCUAUGGACAUACCAAGAGUAUAUGCUGAUGUACAUCUACCAUUUGAGAACCAAACACUGAUGCUUCAAUGCUGUGGCCAGAGUUGGGACGUGCGGUGUAUAACUCAUAAGGGCAGACCCAACAGAGGCAAAAGUCUUUCGCAAGGGUGGAAACAGUUUGCUCGUGACAACAAGUUGCAGGUGGGAGAUCUCUGCCUCUUUGAGCUACUUGAAAACACCAAGUACACGAUGAAUGUGCAUAUCAUUCGUGCAAAAUGAAAAUUGGCAAGUAGUUGAUGAUGUUGGUGCCAGCUUAGCUUUUGCAGUAUGGUGGUAGAAGUUAUUUUAGUUUAGAGCGACUAGCUUGAUAUCCAUGGCUUGUCCAUCCCCUGUUCGGGCAAUUGGUUAACUCAUGUUCUGCCUAAGUCCAGACUGUUUCGCUUGUAAUCCAUCUAUGUUUAUGUUGCUGCAGUCAUGCAAUUAGCUACUGCAACGUCAA